UGCACUAAGUAGCAAAGAAAGGAGCCCUCCUCCCUUGCCUUUAUCCUUUUCCCACCCCCUAUGAACUAGGCAUAGCAUCCCGCUCUGUGUCUGUGUGGCUGUGCUAAAGCUGAAGUCUGUGAGCAGCGGUGCUUGGAUACAGCUGGCAGCCCUGACUCCAGGACGAUACAUACACAAAUCAGGCUGGUUUGAUGAAAAGGCGCAAUUGUGGAGAGAAAUUUAGGCUGUGUGUGAGUACGAGGUCUAUACCCCCUGCCCUGUGCCAGAGACGAAGAGUGGUGCUUUCAUCAUGAACUGAAAAUGGAUACACAGUACCAUCCAAUCAUGAAGUUUCCUGCAGGAUUCAGCAAUGCUCCGCUUCAUGCUCAUUCAACAUCAGUCAGCUCCUCGUCUAAUCUGGCAGCGAUGAAUUCUCUAGAUGUGCACACAGGAUACAUGGGAAAUUCCAUGAAUGGACCAAGGUCUAUGACAACAAAUAUGAAUUCUCUCUGCUCUCCGGGCAAUAAUAUAGGCCCUCCAUACAGAGUGAUUGCAUCCUCCAUGGGACCGCACUCCCUGCCUUCUCCAACAAUCCUCAAUUUCCCUGGCCAUGAGAGUCCACCGUUUAACCUCAUGAACAAUAUAAGCUGUUCGGAAGACAUUAAGCCCCCGCCAGGUCUCAGCAACCUUGGGAGUCCGUGCAUGAACAAUUAUUCGUGCAACAGCCCAGGGGCAUUAACCAAACACAUCUGUGCCAUCUGCGGGGACAGGUCCUCAGGCAAACAUUAUGGAGUGUACAGUUGUGAAGGAUGUAAAGGUUUUUUUAAACGCACAAUAAGAAAAGAUUUGGUUUACACAUGCCGAGAUACCAAAGACUGUUUGAUCGACAAGCGUCAGCGCAAUCGCUGCCAGUAUUGCCGCUAUCAGAAGUGUCUGGCCAUGGGUAUGAAGCGGGAAGCAGUUCAAGAAGAAAGGCAAAGAAGCCGAGAGAAGAGUGACACCGAGGCGGAAUCUACUAGUAGUACAAGUGAGGAAAUGCCAGUGGAGAGAAUUCUGGAAGCAGAGCUGGCAGUGGAACCGAAGAUCGAAGCAUUCGGAGAUGCUGGUUUGCCAAAUUCUACAAAUGACCCAGUCACCAAUAUAUGCCACGCCGCAGACAAGCAGCUAUUUACCUUGGUGGAAUGGGCAAAAAGAAUUCCACAUUUUUCAGAUUUGCCUUUAGAAGACCAAGUCAUUCUGCUGCGAGCAGGUUGGAAUGAAUUACUGAUUGCUUCCUUUUCGCACCGUUCAGUUUCUGUGCAGGAUGGCAUUCUUUUGGCUACCGGUUUACAUGUCCACAGAAGCAGCGCACACAAUGCAGGAGUAGGCUCAAUCUUUGACAGGGUUCUAACUGAGCUGGUCUCUAAAAUGAAAGAUAUGGAAAUGGAUAAAUCAGAGCUGGGAUGCCUGAGAGCUAUUGUUCUGUUUAAUCCAGAUGCAAAGGGACUGUCCAACGCUGCAGAGGUUGAGGCACUGCGUGAAAAAGUCUAUGCCACUCUUGAAUCCUACACCAAACAAAAGUACCCAGAGCAGCCAGGAAGGUUCGCUAAAUUGCUGUUACGUCUUCCAGCUUUGAGAUCUAUUGGACUUAAGUGCCUGGAGCACCUUUUCUUCUUCAAGCUCAUUGGCGACACACCCAUUGAUACAUUCCUUAUGGAAAUGCUAGAAACACCUCACCAGAUUUCAUGAUAACUUGGAUUCAUACCUUGGCUAACAGGACCUGUAACAAAGCUUUGCAUACAUUGGUUAUCCUUGCACUCUAAUUGCUCCACCAACAGGUUAUCGGUGCAAAUUACACAGGAUAUAAACCCCAGUGAUGUGGCAGUGGUUUUGCCUAUAAUUAUCUUGGCACAAUACGGACAGAGCAUUUGUGCCACAUUCAGUAGCUGUCUCCUGAUCACCUGCAUUGUGCAUAACAUAGGAGCUAGUUGGGAGGCCUAAAGCCAUUCAAACGCCGAUGGUUUUUCACUGCAUGGGUUGUUACAGCGGACUUGUGGAUCACAGCUGCAGUAUUAUUACGCUCAUGCCACAACGGACAUAUUUGCCACUGGCAUGUUGCAGCCAAUGGAGAAGAGCCAGAAUCUGGCUGUAAGGAGAGAAGAUUCAUUAUUGGUUGGAGAACAUUUAACUAGCCUUAGCUAAGAGAAAAGGCUUUAGUGACCUUUAUUUUAACAAUGCCCAGUAAACUGCUGUCUGCAAACCCUGACAGGUAUUCCUAGACAGCCUAUGGAUUGCAUUGUAAUAUGCUACAGUCUCCCAGUGGAUACCAGCUUAUAUUGUUAUGCAAUGUUCUGUGGCUUUUUUAAAUAUAAUUUUACACAUGUAAAAUUUGUGUCAUGGUUAUUUACAUGGUUAAAAAAGACCGCAAUAUUCCCAUUUGCAAUAGAGCCACUAUAGACAGAUCAUUAAAGAAGGCUGCACAUUUACCAUUAAAUCCUUUAAUAAGUCAUGAGGAGAUACUAUGUAAAGCAUUUAAAUCAUUAUCAAUUAAACCAUAAGUCAUAUGUUUGGUGUCUAUGUUUUAUAAUCAUUUUUUUAUUUCUUGCCUUGUCAUGUGUUCAUGUUUUCUACUUUUAAUUGUUUGUGCCACUGCAAUAGCCAUCAUCCCAACUGGCAAUCUUUGCUAGGGAUUACCAUAAACUCACCCGAGUACAGUAUUCUAUUAAACCUGUAAUAUUGUAGGCCAUGCAUAUAAACCAGGGGUUAUAAAUUCUGUGUAAAGUUGUUUUGCUAUGUAUUUGCUACGCAUAGCUUUGUAGUUUGUUCCUGGGUCAGAACAUGAAAAUGGGGGCCCUCAACUGAAGUGUCUCAGGGUGGACAUCCCUGAUGUACCGCAUAUACUGAAACGCAAAUACAGUACACAACAGAAAAAAACAUAUUUUCGGAACUAACAGGAUUUAUAGUUUAAAGUAAAAGAGGUUUUUAGGGGGCAACACUGUAUAAACAUAUAAUUACAACAUAACUUCACAAUUGCUAAAAAAAUUCCAUGCAGGAUGUUUCCACUUUGCAGAAAUAUUUGCCUGAACUGGAGAACUGGACAUCACAUUGACAAAUGAGGUUUAGUGUUGAUAAAUGCAAUUGGUACACUAACUAGUACUUAAUUGAGAAGGAAUUGGGGGGUUUUGUUGAUAACAGACUUUGUAACUCUAGGCAGUGCCACUCAGUGGCUACUAAAGCAAAUACAAUGCAAUAAAAAUGUAAUGAAAACAA